AUGAAUGCAAUCCUUUGGAAUCAUGAAGCAUCUUAUAUUUCUUCCUAUGACACUUCUCAGAUUGGGGCUUUCAGAAAUGUCAUGGACUUCUGCUCUCUCACUGAUAUGGGGUUUACAGGCGGGAAAUUUACAUGGUGUAAUAACAGAUUUGCAGGAGACCAAUUAUGGAAGUGUUUGGACCGCUUCUUGUGCAAUGAUUCUUUCAAUUCUUUAUUUCCAGAUGCCUCGAUCAUCCACCUCCCUUGGUCAAAAUCAGACCACCGAGCCAUUGGUUUGCAUCUCUAUGCUUUGCCUUCUUCACAAAUAAAAAGAUCUCACAAACCCGUCCGUUUUGAAGAAUAUUGGGUUCGCAAUCCAGAAUGUGAGCAACUUAUUUCUCCUCUUCCACUCGAUUUUACUAUCAUCCAUGAUAUUGAGAAUGACUUAGCUGGACUUUUGGAAUUGGAAGAGAUUUUCUGGAAGCAGCGCUCUCGGGAAGAUUGGCUUAAAUGGGGUGAUUGUAAUUUUAAAUGGUUUCAUAAGAAGGCCACAAUGAGGAAAUCCUGCAACUAUAUUCAUGGCAUUGAGGAUCAAUACGGAUGCUGGACAGAGGAGCCAAAAGAGAUUGGAAAUAUAUUCAUAACCUAUUUCCAAGAUAUUUUUACUUCCACAUCCCCUCUGCCUUUGGAUAUUGAUUCAAUCACAACUCAUAUUCCCACCAGGAUUACUUCGGAGAUUAAUGCUCAGUUGUUGGCUCCUUAUAAAUAUGAGGAAAUUGAGAUAGCCAUCAAAUAA